UUAACUUCGUUGGCUGUUAACCACACCCAGUCGAAAUUCGGCAUUGUUCAGCAUCGGCUUUGAUUUUUUUCAAAGUAUCGAUUUAGCUGCGGCAGUAAACUAUCCCAAUGAUAAAGGUCAUCACUAUUGUCUGCCUUAUAGGCACCAGCGUCGCACAGACGCAGUAUGUAUGGGAUUUAUUGAAGCCGGCUCUGAAUGCAGCGGAAGUGCAAGCCAUUUUAGCCAAUAAAGAUGCUGGUCAGUUUCCUACGUAUGAUACCAUCCCACAGACCAGUUUUAAUUGUGCUAGCAAAAAGCAGCCGGGAUUUUACGCGGACACAGAAGCUCAGUGUCAGGUCUUCCAUCGAUGCGAUAUCAACGGAAAUCAGACUAGCUAUAUGUGUGUGAACAGCACUCUCUUCAAUCAAGUGACCCUUGUUUGUGAUUAUUUCUUCAACGUUGAUUGCGCUAGGUUUGCCGGGUACGAAGAUUUCGCCAAUUCCCGACUCUACACCGAUCAGCCUCUGUUCGAUACUCCGCCCGAUUCGUACGUACCACCCGGUGUCGGAGCUGCCCAAAUCCUGACCGCUAAGCCCGUCGUACCUGCCGUACCAAAGCCGGCGCCCAAACCCGCCGCGAAGCCAAAACCGGUCGCCCCAGUGGUGCCGGCGAAACCACAGCCCGCCGCCGUCGCACCGAAGCUGUCCGCCCGCUACACCAACGUAGCACCGGAACCACGUCUGGCGUUGCCAAGCUUCCCUGUACCGGCUAAGUCAGGAAGUAAACCCCUGGGGCGAGCCGACACGGCUGGUAAAGUGACAGCCGGUGUGGUUAAAUCCAGGUUUACUAAUGCCCAAAGCGAGCCGCGAUUGAUUAUGCCGAGACCGUUUAUACCCAGUGCCGAUAAUCGAGCGGGAAAAGUUUUGUCCGGUAAAGGCAAAGCCUUGCCAAGAAAGAGUGCAAGAAAAUUGCGUUUUGAUAAGCUCUAAUCUUAGCCGACUGAUCCAUUUUUUAUAUGGACGAAAAAGGGAAAACUUUCUUCCUAAUCCCGUGCGGAAAGAUUAUAAUUGUAAAUGUAAAAUGCUGAUUUUUAUUUAUGAGGACGAUACGUCUAACGGAUGAUUAAGUGUCUGAUGUACAUUAUCGUUUAAAUAUAACGCAUCUGGUCAAUUGUAGCCGGAAGGCAGCGAUGAUGUGUCGUAUUAAGAAUUGUAAAACUAUGAGAAUUAAAGUAGAAGUGGUCUGUAAUUAA